ACUGAUUCUGAAAAACAUCAGGCAAACAGCACAGCUCUUCAGUUACUGGUCAAGAUGAGAGGCGUACUGUUCCUGCUCAACGCUCUGAUCCUGCUGGAGUCAACAAAGGGAACGACAUAUGAUGACUUAGAUUUUCAUGCCAGAAAUAUUGUUGACAAGGCAAUAGAAAAGGCUAAUAGGGAUCAUGGAAAAGGCAAACACCUUGACUUUCACAUCAUUGCCAAUAGAAAUGAUAAUAUGGUCAAUGUGAUACUGAGACCCACCUCAUGUGACAAGAAAACACCGAGUGUCCACCGGAAAAAAUGUACACUACAAAAUAUUGCACCUCAGGUUUCCUGUAUUGACUGUAAAGGAACCAUGGAACGAUGUUUACUUCUCAGAAACACGGACGAGAUUCAAAAAAGGAUGAAGAAAUGUCCCCCGGGAGUGAUUCAUCUUACUGGGUCAGCAGAUUCACACUUUUAAAAAUCAGGAAAUACACACAACAAACUCAAUGUGUUGGAUGCGUCUGAGAUGUAAAAAGGAUCAAGGAAAAUUGCAACUGGCCAUUUAAA